UCCCCGUUUUUUAUUUUAAACGAGCUUGGCGGGGACCUCCAGCAGCCGGGCCGCCUUGGAGCAGAGGAUCCACACGGACCGCCUCGCAGGUCAGAGAGCGCAAAACAAGAAAAAAAAGGUGGGGGAAACGACGCGCCAGUGAUUCAUCCGCAGUUUCCAGGCUGCGCUCAGGUGGAGGCGAAGAGGAGAGAAAACAGCCGCUCGGGACGGAUGGGAUGAAGCAGUCAGGGAUUUUCAAUAGGCGCAAGCUUUGAAACAAAACAAAUAUAUAUAUUUCUUUUAGAUUAUUUAAACAUUUCCAGCCUCGGUUUUUCACAUUUCGGAACUGUGAUCACCUUCCAGACAAAAGAGAGAGAAAAAAGUUUGACUCUAAAAAAUGCUGCUUAGCUCUGCUGCUGUUUUUUCACGCACUGCUGUGGAUUUCGGCGUCAGCGCAAGUGGCCAGUCAUCACUUGAGAAAUAGCUGCGAUUCUUUUCGCUCUUUAAUUCCGGUGCCAAUUACAGCAGAAGGAAGGGACCCUUUCAAUAUUACUCCCGCACAGCGUCUCUCUCUUUGCCCGGGAUUGCAUCCAUCUGAAUUACCUCAUUAUGGACUUCAUCGGACUGUACUUUCUUCAUCUGGCUCUCAUCGGAGUUCCACAUGCGGUUCUCUCUGCAGACACGAGGGACUGUCUGCGUGCUGGAGACACCUGCUCCAGCGAUGACAGCUGCAGCCCACGAUUGCGUACCCUCAGGCAGUGCGUGGCGGGAGAUGGUAGCAUGAAACUGGGGCCUGGGGCUCGAAACCAGUGUGAGAACGCCAUGACGGCGCUGUUGUCCACCCCUCUGCAUGGCUGCCAAUGUAAACGAGGGAUGAAAAGAGAGAAGAACUGCCUGAGCAUAUACUGGAGUCUUCACCAGUCUGUGCUGCAUGGACUGAGCCUGGUGGAGAGCUACCCCUAUGAACCAGAAGAGAGGGGCUCUGACUAUGUUCGUCUAGCUUCCAUUGCUGCAGAAUCUGAGGUAACAACAGUGAACCGCUGCCUGGAUGCCGCCAAGGCGUGCAACAUCGAUGAGACAUGUCAGAAGCUGCGCACAGAGUACGUCUCAGCCUGCAUCCAGCCGUCAGCCCGCUCAGGGCCGUGUAACCGACCAAAGUGCAACAAGGCGCUCAGGAAGUUCUUUGACCGUGUUCCUCCUGACUACACCCAUGAGCUGCUGUUCUGUCCCUGCACCGACACAGCCUGUGCGGAGCGCCGCAGGCAAACCAUUGUGCCAUCUUGCUCUUAUGAAGAAAAGGACAAACCCAACUGCCUGGCUCAGCUGAGAGACUGCAAACAAGACUAUGUGUGCAGGUCUCGCUGGGCACAGUUCCAGUACGACUGUGAAGCAUCUGAGCACAGCACCAGUGGCUGCAAGAGGGAGAACCAUGGAUCAUGUCUUCUUGCAUACACCGGCUUGAUAGGAAGCACAAUAACUCCCAACUACCUUGACAACUCCACUUUCAACGUGGGACCCUGGUGCUCCUGUGCAGCAAGUGGCAAUCACAGGGAACAAUGCAAUGACUUCUUGGCAUUUUUCCAUGACAACGUUUGUCUGAAAAAUGCCAUCUUAGCAUUCGGGAAUGGAUCAGACGUGAAAACGAGUGCCAGUCAGCCUGGAAUGUCAAGUCCAGCGACAGACAACCUGAGUCUGCACUUGGCAACCACCGCCCCAGGCAUCUCCAUGGAAACAGAGCAGAACGUUCUGCGAGCACAGAUACCAACUCAGAUAAACGGGAAUGACAGAUUGUGGAGCGAUGAGGGAGAUUCCACUCUUCCCUCUCCGGGCCUUUUGGAUCAUGGCUCUGAACCCGUCAACCUGUCCAAGCUGCUAAUUCUAGGUUGGCCAAUCCUGGUGCUGCUCUCCCAACCAUAGGAGGCGUCCCUUUAAUGACCUUUAUGGACUGAGCUGUACAGAACCGACGGGGAGGAGUAUUGGGGUGCGAGAGAGAAACAGCCAUUCCAGUGCGUCAGAGGAUGUUGAAGGGGAAGAGGGUAUUCUCUCCUGCUCCACUCACUUCUCCCUGUCAUACAUGAGAAUCCCACCUAAUCCCUUUUUGUGAAUCAUGACUCAGAGUAAAUGUGUUGUGAAGGAUACACCAUGGACUGGACAACAGGAGAGGGUGCCACCACUGCACCACAGGGAGGGAAAAGAGGUUCCACACAUCAUUCCCUGCUGUGCACCAGCCCAAAUUUUGCAGAAAAAAACACACAGACUUCUGUCAGGUGCAUACUUACAGAGAAAAAGCCCAACAGGUUUAAAAAGUGUACAGUGAAGAGACACUGAGAACGCAGUGACCGAAAACAUUACAAAAUAUAAAAAUAUAUAUAAAAUAAAACAAAUAAAUGAUUUUCUUUGUUCUUGAACAUUCCUUGAUGUAGAAAAGAAAAAAUUAAAUGUUAAGAUUCUUCUCUCGGAUGACGUCUUACACAAGAUUUAAGGUGGAAUGUAUGUGUUCAUCAACAUGCAGCGCUCCGCCCAUUCGCUCCUUAUUUUUGAUGCCACCUAUUUUAUUUCAAACGGCUGUUACCAGAAAUGUUAGAUAGAAGCACAUGUUAUAACCCAAGUGAAACCACAGUGAAAGUCUUUGGCUACUCGUGGUUGUGUUUUGAGUUGAAGUUCGAAGAGUCCAGUUCCAAAAACAACAAAAAUGUCUCUCUAAAAUUACUUUAUGUUAAAAUUGAAGAUCUGUCAGUGUUUUAUUUCAUCAAUCAGGGCCCAACCAUGAUUAUUGCCCUUUUUACUUUAUUUGUUUUUUUUAAAAGUCUUAUAAACUAAAACAGCCUUAUUCGAACUCCUUAGACUUGGAAAGAAACUACAUGUCUUGACAUUUUGUUCUGGUGAAUCAGAACCAAGCUGCAAAAAUACGAAAAGAAACAACAGGAGAAAUAGAGUGAAUAAAUUGAGAAGGCAAAUUAAUAAAGACUCCAUUUAAACUCAAGCAGGUUGUUCAUCAACUGAUCAAAGGUUUAAAACUGUAGCCUUAUAAAGUUUAAAUCUGUGUAUAAAUUUGUCUUUACAUUAUUUUCUGUCCGGCAUUCACAUGGGUGAGACUCCCUGUCUCUUUCAGGUUGGUUGAGAUGCACAAGCAGGGACUCUUGGAACACAGUUGGAAACAGUUUAAAUUUGUUCAUAGAAUGUAAGGAUCAAGGGAAAAAAAUGUAGGUGUUAGAAAACAAAAAAGACCUGUGCUGAACCAGAGGAUCCACCCGAUUGUCCAUGAAGACACAGGGAGUUUCUCAACCCAGUUUAAGCCCCAGUGACUGGCCUCUCUUGACUGAGGCCCAACUCAGAUGCCUACAGUUCCACUACCGCCAUCUCACAAAGUACUUCUUCCAGGAGAAUAACGUCCCUCUUGAAGCAUCCUACAGGUUCUCCUUAUCUAAGUCCCAUUUAUAAAACAAUUGGGGAUGGAUGCAUAGGCAUAUUUACAAAAACGGACGUCACUUCCAGACCAUGGAUGCCACCUGCCUUGUGAGAAGACUUACAUUAAGCAUGCCAAAUUUGAAAAAUGAAUCAUUAAGAAAGGCGGGGCUACUCACUACUUUUUUGACACUUAAAGUUCUGUUUGGGUUUUUGGGGCUAUGGUCUAAAACUUUUGUUUAAGUUUAAAUCUAGUUUUCAGUAAUUUGCUUUCUCUAUUUUAUCUUGCUCCUGUUUCUUUUUUUUGCAUUUUGACGCUGGUAUCAAUUCAGCAGGGUUGAAUGUGAAUACUUGUGGCUUGUUUUCUGGUUUUUGAUGAGAAAUGUAAAGUAGAUGUAUAUUUUGAAUGCCCCAAUUUGGAAGGGAACUCUUCACACAUUCAUUCAUUAAGCUUUAAAUGUAAGGAUUAUGGAGGCUGUCCCUUUUUAGAUAUAUUUAAAAAAAAAACAAUCAAGUGAUUUUGUUUUGUGAAGCAGCAAGAGAUUGAGACAAGUUUAUAUUUUAUAAAUGUAUGUGGACCUUGUCACCAAGACAACAGAUAUCUUUAAAAGAGUUUGUGAGCCAUUUUGAUGAAGAACCAGCGGGAUGUAGACACGGGGAUCCAGGAGCAGACACCCCUGCUAUACAUGAGAUGAAAGCACUGACCCAAGUUGCUCACUGGUCUGCUGGGCGACUGCACCCAGCAUGGGACAACCAAACACCGUACUAUAAAAACACAGAUUUGCUUUUUAUAGUGGACAUUUCAGUCAAGCAUACUGAGUGUGAGUCUUGGGUAACUUUUAGUUCUGUCAUUGAGUUCAGUAUAAUACUGUGAAUUGUCAAAUGAUGUAACAAAGGCUGAAAAUGUAAAACAUUUGAGCUGCCGGUAGACCUGAUUGAGCUCAACCCGAGAAAACCAAACUCCGUUAGUUCCUGAUUAAGUCACAACAGCACAGAAGUUUUGUUUUCACAGGUUCUACAAGAAGUGAUGCUCUGUGUUGCUCAUGUUUUUCUUUUUUUUUUCUAAAUGAGACCAGAAAUGUGUUUUACAAAAGGAAUUAAAAGUAAUUCAACAUGUAAA